UUAUUAGUUACGCGGUGGUAAAAUUCAAUUCGAUGAAAUCAAGUGAAUAUUUUGCCUAAAAUAAAGAAGAUAUACCAAAUUAAAAGAUAUUAAUAUAAUGAAUCGAAGACGGGCAUAUGACGAUGACGAUGGAUAUGAGCGCGGUCGUAAGCGUCGUCGAGUAUCGGAAAAUCAGGAGAUUGAGGACCGCCUGGAGUCGCUCAUUCUGCGAGUAGGGGAGAAAAGCACAUCUUCAUUAGAAUCCAACUUGGAAGGCUUGGUAUCGGUAUUAGAAGCGGAUUUAGGAACGUUCCGGUCAAAAAUUUUACGUAUAUUGUCGGAUUGUGCUAUUAAAAUGCCAGAAAAAUGCACAAUAUACACAACAUUAGUGGGUCUUUUGAACGCAAAGAAUUACAAUUUUGGCGGAGAGUUUGUAGAUCAUAUGGUCAAAACAUUCAAAGAAAGCUUAAAAUCCUGCAAGUGGGACGCCGCUCGAUUUUCUUUGAGAUUUCUUGCAGAUUUAGUGAAUUGUCACGUAAUCUCGGCAUCAUCACUGUUGCAACUUCUCGACAAUAUGAUUGACACGGCAAAUGAUGAUACAGUACCACAAGUUCGCCGGGAUUGGUAUGUGUUUGCGGUUCUUUCGACUUUACCGUGGGUCGGACGUGAUUUAUAUGAAAAAAAAGAAGCUGCAUUGGAAAAUUUGUUAGUGCGCAUUGAGGUUUUCUUAAAUAAACGCACAAAGAAGCAUCACAAUGCAUUAAGAGUGUGGUCCGUCGACGCCCCGCAUCCUCAAGAAGAGUAUUUGGACUGUUUGUGGGCACAAAUACGAAAACUCCGUCAAGAUAAUUGGGCAGAAAAGCACAUACCUCGCCCAUACUUGACCUUUGACUCUGUGUUAUGUGAAGCUUUGCAACACAAUUUGCCAGCAAUUGUUCCACCGCCACACCAUGAAUCUUACUCGUAUCCAAUGCCAUGGGUUGUUUAUCGCAUGUUUGAUUAUACUGAUUGUCCCGAUGGUCCUAUACUGCCAGGAGCUCAUUCAAUUGAGCGGUUUUUAAUCGAGGAACAUUUACAUUCGAUCAUUCAAAAUCAUCAUAAAGAGCGUAAAGAUUGUGCAGCUCAUUUGCUCAACUUCCCUUACAAAAGUAAAAUUCCUCUGGAAUAUUGUAUUGUAGAAGUUAUAUUUGGGGAACUAUUCCAUAUGCCAACGCCUCGCUACUUGGAUAUUUGUUAUGGCUCGAUUCUCAUAGAACUGUGUAAACUUCAACCAUCGACUAUGCCUCAAGUGCUAGCACAAGCUACUGAGAUCCUUUUUAUGCGAAUUGAUUCAAUGAACACAUCGUGUUUUGACCGCUUUGUUAACUGGUUCUCAUAUCACUUAAGUAACUUCCAGUUUAGAUGGUCUUGGGAUGAUUGGGAUAGCUGUUUGCUUUUAGAACCAGAACAUCCACGUCCCAAAUUUAUUCAAGAAGUUUUACACAAAUCUUUAAGACUUUCGUAUCACCAGCGUAUUAAAGAAAUGAUGCCAGAAGCGUAUUCCAGAUUAAUACCGCCAGAACCAAAGCCAGACUACAAAUACAUGCAUGAAGGAGCCGCCUCAUUGCCAGGUACUGCAACUGCUCAUAAGCUUGUGGUCGCUAUUCGUCAAAAAUGUACGGCCGAAGAUGUUUUGCGUGAAUUGGAGGACCUUCCUAAUCCAUUAUCGCGUGAUAUGGACACUGGUGACUCAUCUUUCAACCCAUUAAAGAUUGAAGUAUUUGUACAGACCCUUCUCAACUUGGCAUCAAAGAGUUUCUCACACGCAUUUGCGGCAAUCUCAAAAUUUCAUUAUGUAUUUAAGAUGUUAGCGGAUUCUGAUGGCGCUCAGCAAUGUAUCUUGGAUAAUGUAUUUGAACUAUUUCAUGACCACCAACAAAUGGUGGUAGUUAUUGUUGACAAGUUGCUAAAGACUCAAAUUGUCGAAUGUUCUACAGUUGCAACAUGGGUCUUUUCAAAAAAGAUGGGGCCGGAAUUCACAAAAAUGUAUUUGUGGGAAAUUCUGCAUUUAACUAUUAAAAAGAUGAAUAAGCAUGUUGUUAAACUAGCACAAGAGCUCCAAGAGUCAAAAGAAAAACUAGCUCACACUGCUGAAUCUUCGUCAAGCGAAACUGACGAAGAUGGUGGAGGAGUAAGUGUAGGACGAAAACGAAAAAUAGGAGAUAGUGGAGAGAAACCAACUGAAGAUAUGCUCGAACGAGCCGAAGAAAAACUCGAUGCUGCUUAUGUUGACCAAAAAAAACUUUUUUUGAUUAUCUUUCAACGUUUUAUCAUGAUCUUAACAGAACAUUUGGUUAAAUGUGACACGGAUGGCCGUGAUCCUGACACAGAUUGGUAUCGAUGGACAAUCGGUCGUCUUCAACAAGUAUUUUUGAUGCAUCACGAACAAGUGCAAAAAUACAGUAGUACCUUGGAAAGUUUGUUGUUUACAUCCGAUUUGGACACCCACAUUUUGGAUGUGUUCCAUCAGUUCGUAGCUCUCACAUCUUAAUGUAAUAACAAAUUAGUAUUUUUUUCACAAGAAAUUAUGUAUUUAUGACAUACAUUUAAUAUAACUAAAUGAAAGUAUGAAAUUGUAUACAAUAAACAUUUAUCAACAAACUUUUUGAGAAAUAUAAAUGAGUAAAA